CACUACGCCUCUGAGUUCAUUUUGACUCGGUACAACUCGCUUUUGAAUUAUCCAACUUCACAUGUGCCUGGUCCUCAAAUUCAAUCUGCACUUGUCAUCAGAUCAAAAGUGCUCCUGGGACAGCAUCCAUGGCGACGGCGACUCUCGUGCAUCUAACGGUAAUCGGGCUCUUGAUCACCACAGCAGCAGCUGCCGUCCCCGCGACCUCAUACGCUAAUCACACUGUCGGAGAUGUCGCCGGUUGGUUCUUCAACGUCAACACGAACGCCUCCGCCACUGGUUACUCCUCUUGGGCCGCCAACCAGACCUUCAAUCUCGGAGAUUAUCUCAUUUUCAAAACGAACACCAACCAGUCGGUGAUCCAAACCUACAACGAGGCGAUUUACAAGAGUUGCAUCAUCGACGACGCACCAGAUGAUGAGUAUUUCCAGUACGAUGGAGGCAGCAGGGAGUUUGGUCAAGCAUUGACCAUAGCUGUGCCGUUGACGAUUGAGGGACCUAACUACUAUUUCUCCGACGCUGACGACGGCGUCCAGUGCCAGCACGGCAUGGCCUUCGAGAUUGUCGUCAACCGCGGCCUCGGCUUGCCACCUAGCCUCAACCAACCGCCGCCUCCGCCUUAUAUGGAGCCGCCAGGUCCGGAUUCAGCUAAGUCCCCUCCUGUCACAAUCGGAGGCGGAUCUACAUCGCCGAGUAACAGUGGUUUAAAAAGCAACAUUAAUCCAAACGCAUUGAUCUGCUUUCUGCUAUUAACCCCUCUAGCUUUAUCAUUCUUUUAGUUUCAAGGAAAACGACGCGAAUGGCAUUUCGGGAAAAUUUCUUGUUAGAUUCGCAGUUUGGAGCUUGGCCGAGCUAUUUUUGUGCAAUCUGUUUUGUUAAGGGUUUAGCGGGAGUUUUAAGAAAGUUGAGAAAUAUUUACAAAUGACAAAAUUAUUUUCUUGUGUACUUUCUUUAUAAUCAAAUUUGGCUAGGCAAUACUGGUUACACACCGAUUUCCUUGCGGAUUUGCUUGCAAACUGAAAUAACACUUCAUGAUUGUCUUGACUUUUGAGUACAUAUUUUUUCUUGCCUUCGAUUUAUUUAUACUGUGAUUCAAUUUGGAGGGCGAUGACCAUCUACAUAUCCAUAUACAUAUAUAUAUAUAUUUCUCACUACAACUAUGCAUUUGUUAAAGUUCGCUGAGCUUGAAAAUACAAUAAUGGUGUAGGUGAGAAUCUAGUUUUAUUGAUUGGAGCCUGAAGGAGGGACAUAGAAAAGGAUUUGUUCAAGCUUCUUGCAAGAGUUGUUCCUGACUCCAACAAUAGCAGGUAAGAAUUUGGAGGCCAAGUCUCUGCCUCUGGGGCUCCUCCUCCGUGUUUGCCAGUGUAGCAGCUCGUUACAGGUACCAAGCACUGAAUUUAUUCUGCAUUAAGAAUACUCUGCACAUGAUUUAGACGAUUUCAAGUUGAAUUAGUCGCAAACUAUUUGCAGAUCAGUUGAAA